CUUGUGAGUCAGCUAAAACAGAAGGAAUCCUUUUUAAAAGUCCCGGGGGAUAUAAUGACUUCCUUGAGAGCUGGAAGCUGGGGAAAACCAUUGGAUGCAUUAACAUCAUGUAUCUGGGUCAAAUUUAAAGAUUCUUCUCGAGAUCUUGAUUGUGUUUUCAGCAAUCGAGAUUUAGACUUGGAAAUGCUCCGAUAUGGAAAGGAUCUUCGAUUUUUUGGCGGAAGAUUCAAAUUAAGGUAAUGGAACCUAUUUAUUGUAGUCUUAACUAUUUAUACUGCUGUCAGUUGCAGGUCGACAAGUCAUUUACUCUCGCUUUCUUACCCUCGGACGUACAAGGGAAGAGGGUGGUUUCCACCCCCCCCGCCCCUCCCCCGCCGGGGUUCUUCUAAGUUUCUUCCUAGACGAUUGAACAUCAGCACCUGAAGUUUUCAGUAGCUGUUCGUUUAUCCCUCGCACGCAUUUUUAGACACGUUUAGUGGUGGUCAGUUACUAUGGUUUCGAUAUGUGCCGUAGCAGGUGGUCAAGCCAUUUUUGAGUCAAAAUGCAUGUUUUCUCAACUUCGUUCAACAAUAAAAGUAAAGAGUGUGGAUAAAAUGAUGCAAAAUGCCUGUUUAUAUGUUAUUUUACUUGUCAAGCACAAAAAUUACCAUUUCUUGCCGUUUUACUUGAUUUCUAAUACCUGGUAAAAUCCAAGAAGGUGACCAUUGUUGGUGACGUCACAGGCCUCCAGCAGCGCCACCACCCAUAAAAUAUACCUCAUCUUGAUGAGAAGAUCAAAGGCUUUCCACUGAAGGUAAAAUCGUUUCGAAAUACUGCAACAUAUCAAAAACUCUAGGGAUGGGUUCUAUCAACCCUUUGGUACCACGGUGGGGGUAUGAAUUUGCGUGUACGUUCGAGCGUUAAUUUUCGCUACGAUCCUGAACGGUUGUUAAUUGUUAGUUUAUAUCAAUUCUUGGUUUUCACUCACGUGAGAAAGCAGAAAUAAAAAUGGAAACCUUUUAAUACAGAAAGUCUAGAAUCUGGGAAAUGAAAGAAGAUAAAUAUACAAAAAGCCUUGCCAAGAGUCAGGUCUAUGCAAUAGUUCAUAUGCGAGAUAUUCGGAAAAACGUUUUACCCAAAUUUAUAAAGCUUUGUAUGGAGACGCCAUGUUUGUGUCCCUUUCAGGGGCACAAAUAUGGCCGCCGGAAACCAACAGAAACAUCUGUUUUUGAGUUUUCCUACUUAUGCGUGAAUUCUUCGCUUGAGGAACUCAUAAAGAUUAAAGCAAUAUUUAUUCUAAGACAAGGAAUGUUUAGAUAGCAAAAUCUCCAAAAAUCCGUAAUGUUUUUAACCCACAUAAGAGCUUUCCCGGCCGCCAGCUAAAUGCCGCGUCACGCAAAAGCCUGGAAAUUCAAGCGUCCUGUAUCGCAAAACAAAGAACCCUUUUGAACCGAAAAUUGGUUUGUAUAAAGGUUUUCAGGUGCUCUAAUAUCACAUAAAAGUAGAAACUCAGAAGAAGCGAUAAUUUCUUAGUUUGAAUUUUGGUGACGUCAUGUGGGCACCCAACGUCAAUUUUCGGAAAAUAUUUGUUCGGAAGACGAUCUGAGGUCUAGAAUUUUCGGAGCAUUUAUUGUAAAAUUUAUUGCUUGCCUGCCUCUCCUAGGAUUUUCGAACAUCUAAAAAAUGGUGUGAUUGCCCAUUUUUAACAGAUUUUUACCCUAAGCUGAGGUCAGCUAGAAUUGUCGGGAGCCUUUUUUCUGGCUGAAAUUUUCGAAAAGGUAAGUUUCGAUCCCUAUAAUUUUCGGAUCACUAGACUUUAGCUAGGAAAUCCGAACAGAUGAAAAAUUUUUAGGGGAUAACAACAUGCCUAUAUCUACCGUUUAAAUACUAAAAUACGUUUAUCAAUGCUAUGUUUAAGUGGUUUUGAACUAUAUUCUCGUUGGGUGCCCCUGAUCACUGGCUUUCUAGAGAAGCUUUCUUUAAGAGUGUGUGACCUUCUUUCUAGGAUCUCAAAACUUAACAUCCAUUUCAUAAACAUAACAUUUUACUAUAGAAUACUCACACCAUUUUGGUUAAUACAGUCGAACCUCCACUAUCGGCCAGCUCUCCACCGCGGCCACUUUUUUUUCUUCCGGUUUACAGUCCAUACAUUAUUGCCUCAUGCUUAAACCUCUCUACAACGGCCACCUCUCUACACGCGGCAACGGCCACUAGCCGAGCGUAGUCCCCAAAUGCCAAAAUUAACCACCUCUCUACAACGGCCAGCGUCUUAUGGAAAAUCAAGAACGGUCAUGAAAUUUGAUCCGUUUGGUGGGUUGUUGAUCAAUCGCGGCAAUAGUAUUUUGAUUGUGUUCAAUUUAUACUGCUGCAGUAAGCAUAAACUAUCUGCGAUACUUAUUGCGAAUGUUGCGAAUCUUGCUCGAUUUGUCACUCUUACAUUUUGAUUCAAAACAUUAUUCAAGUUUUCUUGUGUAUAUUAUCUCUAUAUAUGAUAUAUGAUUGGACUACCAUUAUGGGAUACAGUAAGCAUGAACUUAGCAACAAUAAACAUGUUGUACUUCCUGAAACAAAAUUUGUCAUAUUACACCACUACGUACUUCCACAUAACAGCCACCUCUCCUCUCCACUUUCUUCUGUACCCAAAGUGGCAGAAGAGGAGCCGUUCGACUGUACUAUUAUCCUUCUUUACCUGGUAUUGACUUAAGGCCGGCGUGGAAGGAUCACUCUUAGUUUUAAGCCUUGGUCCCUGACUCAAGUCAACAGCAAGACCCAACACACUCGUUAAAGUCGUCCAUAACAAGUUCUGAUAGCGUACUCUUUGACCUGCCACAUUACCAGGAGUCUCAAGUGUUGGAAAAACUGAAAACGCGACUGCGCCCGCCUGGAUACGAGCCAGCUCUUCGACAACUUGUUAAAACUUUUAAAGUUUAUGAACAUGCGCACAAAGAUCUUAAUGAGCCUCCCUUCACUGAAAAAAGCUGCACUGGCUGUACUCUGCUCCAGAGGUCCUUUCUCGAAACACCUAGGAAGAAAUAACCGUGUGCUCAGUUUGAUAAAGCUCCAUAGACGUUUUUUUUUUCCUUUUUCUCUCCUUCCCUCCCUCAACGUCUCGCGCGUCGCUGUCGCCGCUUCGCCGCGAACUAUCAGGAAUUAAUUAUUAGGAAGAAAUAAAAUAAAACAUCCGGUAACCUGGGCUUACAGGCUGCAUCUCCCGUCUAAGACAUUUCUACAAUAAAAGUACCUUUCACUUGUUUAACAAUACUAACGGUUCGAGACCAUUACGAUCGAACCUACCUUGUCCGGGGGGGUACUUCCUUAUAAGAGGCUAAUGGGAAUGUGACGCUGGAUGGGGUCGCAUUUUCACGACUGAAUUGACUAUAAUGGGAUCGCAUUUUCAAUAGAGUAACUAGAAUGGGGUCGCACAUUUUCUGAUUUUUAGGGUAAGAGAAUUCUUCAUAUUUACGGUUAGCAAACGUACCAGAAUGUUUGUACUGUGGGUGAAAAGUAAAGUGUUCUUCAUUCAGUAUAUAGUGAUACAUAAAUAGAAAGUGACUAAGUCGGGAUCGCGAAAAUUGCAUAUUUGCCCAAAAGUGACUAAGAUGGGGUCUAUAAUUGGCCACAGAAUAGACUGUAAUGGGGUAGGGGCUCUGAGAGGCAAGCGGCACAUACCCAGCAAAGUUAACCCAAGUACACCCCGGGCUACCUUGAGCGUCCACCCAAAAUGCGAUGAGACUUGAGAGGUUAUGUAGUCUACGAUUAUCGAACCAUAGGGGGUCUCUUCGUAGAGACUUCCCUAGACACAUUGAAUACUGUAACCUUCCGCUUAUAGAUCCCCCGCAACGACUUUACUUAUAAGCCCCCCUGCAGUUAUAAGCCCAUCUACCUGUAAGACCCCCCCCCCAUAUUUGCCCCCUUCUACCUUGUAUUAAAAUAAAUUUACGACUUUUUGAAGCUUAAAAAGGCGAGUAACUUCAAAACAUAUUUUGAUCUGAACUGCCAUGUAGUUUUUUUUUUCAGUCCAGUUAUAACCCCCCCCCCCUGAUAUAAGCCCCUAGGAAGGCUUUUCUAGUUUCUUGCCUAAGAAUCCACACGCUUUUUUUACAUUUUCAAAUGGCUCUUCCUAUACAAUAAGCUGUUCCGCAGCUUAAUUAGUACUUAUACUGUUAUAUGGGUUGGUUUUUACUUGCCUUUCUGUAUUCUAGGUUAUUUAUUUCUCUAUAUCAGUCACGUUUGUGCAUUCUAAUUGGCAUUGGACACAUCAUUUGCAACUUACAAUGUCUUUCAGAUCUUAACGCUAUCACAAUUUGGAUUCGAGGUUGAAACGUUUGGAAAUCGGCUUCAAUCUAUCCGAAUAUGGCAAUGAAAGCAGUUUCUUUGAAAGUAAAGAGUCUCAAUAAAUGCAUAAAAAGAAGGAAUCUUUUUCGGUGGCUUCAUCACAGUAAAUUUGAUAUAAUUUUUUAGGGCCGGCCAGGGUUUUUGGGUAUACGGUAUACAGGGGCUUUUUAAAUCGGGUAUACGGUAUAUUGCAGCUUAAAUACGGGUAUUCGUUACAUUACUUUCUUUGAAUUUCAGGUAUAAAGUAUACCUGGGUAUAAUUUUGGGUAUAUUUGGAUGAAUUUUGGGUAUUUUUGGGUAUUUUGGCGAAUUUUUUUCGGGUAUACUGGUAUACCACUACCCCCCCUGGCCGACUCUGAUUUUUCGGCAAGAAACAUAUGCUGAUUCCGGUUCAGAGGUCGUUUGGCGUGCACAGUAGGGAGGUGAAAUACUGUUCGCUCAUGGCUCCAAACACAGUAAAGGUGUGAUGAUUCUUUUUUAAACAGUACUCUUUAAAAGUCGAUGUCCUAAAAACAACCGCAGACAAAAACGACCGCUUUCUUUCACAAACGUAAAUAUCAACCAAGACGAACUAUGUUUGGUCAGUAUUUACGCUCCAAGUGACCAAACCGAGCAAGUAGACUUUUUUGCAACGAUUCUUGAACAGAUUCGUCACAAUUUAUCCAGCAAGAUCUUAGUAGGUAUUUGGUGACUUUAAUAAAGUCGGAGGCAAAGACAUUCUCCAUAGGAAAAGAGCAAUCCAAUCGAUCCAAGAUCCUUUGCAUUAACUUUAAUCUAGUCGACGCUUGGCGAUUUCAACACCACAAUGAGAAACGCUUUUCCUGGGCAAAUUCUUCGGGUAAGAUUAAAUGUCGACUAGAUUUUUGGUUAAUUUCGAAACAAUUACUGUGCCGUGUUAUUAAAACUGGCAAUACGCCUACUGUGAUUCGGAUCACUCCCCCGUCACCAUAUGAACUGGUCCAGAAGAAAAGCAAGGACAAAGAGGGCCAGGUUUUUCAAAGAUCAACAACUCUUUGCUUGAAUACGAAGAAUUUGUUUUAAGAAAAAAUGAAGUUUAUUAUUUUCAACGCCAAGGAGAAAUACAAAGAUGUUACUGACGCUACGAUCUUUUGGGGAAUGGUGAAAAUGGAGAUUAGCCUAGGAUUUUCUCUAUUCAAUUCGUCAAAAAAAAGUGCCAGGGACAAAAUAAAUACGGAGCUGGAACUUCUUCGAAAACUUGAGAAUCUGAAUGCUAAAAUUGAUGGAUCUCCAAAUGACAAUCACCUCGUCAGCGAAUCACGAAGGCUAAAAAUAAAAUUAGACCAAAUUGCUAAACAAAAAACUAAAAGUUCCAUUGUCCGAAGCUGUCGGUGGUAUGAAUCGAGUGAAAAAUGUAAUACAAUGCUUUUUCAAUCUUGCGAAAACAAGCUAUAGCAAAAAGCAUAUGACAAAAUUGAAACAUGCUGAAGGUUCGGUCACGGUGGAUCCAAAACUAAUUUUAGGUGAAAUGAGACACUUUCAUCAACAACUCUAUUCCUCGCAAGGCCACAGUACACCUGCUGUCCUUUCCAACUUUCUCAAACUUGCAUCGUUGCCAAAGCUAGGUAGUCUAAGCAAGGCUUCUGUGAGGGUCUGAUUACACGAGGAAGAAUGUUUAUUUGUCCUGAAAUCAUUUCAACGUAAUACGACCCCUGGAACGGAUGUUUUUUUGAGCGAAGUUCUAUCUUUGUUUCUGGAAUGAGAUCUCCAACCUCCAACUUUUUUUUGGACUCUUUCAAUCAUGGGGCGCUUUUUGGGAGAGCUCUCCAUCUCCCAAGACAAGGAAUCAUUUCUUUGAUUCCACAAACGAAUAUCCUCUACGUCUUGAAAACUGGCGGCCUAUCUCUCUCUUCAGAAACACAGAUUACAAACUUACAACGAAAUGUAUCGCAAAACGGAUCGAAAACGUUCUUCCCCAUCUCAUAGGAAUCGAAGAGACCAAGCAGGUUACAUCAAGGGUAGAUUUAAAGGCGAAAACAUCCAUCUAUUUUCUGACAUUAUCAAACAAAACGGAAAAGAAGAAGGAAUGAUUCUUUUUUUAGAUUCUGAGAAGUCUUUGGACUCCCCGGAAUGGGAGUACCUCUUCGAGGUUCUAGACGCAACGAAUUUUGGCCCAAAUAUAUUUCGGCAACUAGAUCCGUACAUUCUAUCAUAACAUCACGAGCCACGUUGUAAGAAUGGUUACGCUUCAAAUUUCUUUUUGCUACAAAGAGGGUUGAGGCAAGGAUACCCUCUCUCAGGUUUACUUUUCGAUGUUGGUGUGGAACCUCUUGCUAAUCAGAUCUGAAUGUCGAACAAUUCGAUCAAAGGACUCAGAAUGGGAAUAAGGUGACUAUUCUUAGUUUACAUGCUGAUGAUACCACCGCCUUUAUUCACGACGAGUCCUGUGCUAUAAUCCUACUCUCUCUGCUCGAAACUUUAGCACCUUUUCCUUGCUGAAGGUAAACAAAACAGAAACCGAAGGGCUGUGGCUAGGAUCAUGAAAAGGUAGAAUGAUAGCGCAAUUGUUAAUGUUCGUACUUACUGAAAGGGCAUUUGUCAGCCCCAGCCACAGACAUGAUAUCGACGCCUGUUGUCGAAUCCAUGACAUAGAACGCACAGUCAUGCGCUCGGGUACAUAAGCCACGAAGUUCCUCCGAGUAUUGCCGAUAUCUGCGCAACUCUUCUUGAUCACGGAGGGGGGGUUUGCUACUCCACAAUCUUUUUGUAUACCCUUCCCCAUUUUCAAGUUUCCAGCGUACAAUCAAAGGCCACGCGAUUAGACGCUUUGUGUGCAGACGGAGCCACCACAACGCGGUUGGGUCAGUAAUUUUUCCGCUUAGUUAUUUUCUCUUCCGGUUCUUGUUGUGUUGAAUAGGUGUGGGAGGGUCGUGUAUCAAUCUAUUCCAGGAAGUGGGAGAGCCAAAUUUGUUUUUUACGAAAAUGCCCCGGCCCAUCCCCCAAAUGUACCUUCCCUUCCUUUUCGCCACUUAGGUGCUGUUUUGUCAGACACUCUUUUUCCACUUUUUUUGUCUUUGCAAAAGAACAAGAUAACAACAACAACAAUAACAACAACAACGGUACAUUGUACGUAACGGGCUGAUUAUCAUAACGCAAAAACUGAAUGACAUUUUCAUCUCCCUGAUUCGUGAUUCGUUGUCUUUUUGGUCUGUGAACCGUUCCAGAAACUCCUUUUACGACCCUUUUACGAAAUUACGGGGUUAGUUGUAGGUUUUACAAGAAUUCCAAGGCUUCGAAAAAGCUGAGAACUAGACGUUGCGAAUUCGAAAUAAUUGCUUCAGAAAAUAUACCUUUUGUCUUUCAUCAACGGGAAAAAUUCGAGUAAAAAAAUCAGUUGAGAAAAAUCAGUUGAGUGAGUGUGUAAUCAUUGCAGGAAAAAACAAACAUAAAUUAAUUUUCCCGUGUGGUCAAUAAAGAUUUUUACAUAGACAAGGAAACUCAAAAAUGCCAAUAAAUUUCUGACUUAAUGGAAAUAAAAAUCAUUCAAAAGAAUGAAGAAACAUUUGCAGCAUCUAAAUUAUCGUUAACAUGUGUACAUUAUCAUUUUCAACAGAGGUUAUUAGUAUUGUUUGAAGAAAGAUCAUCAUUAUAUUGUUAUUAGUGUUGGAAAUAAACGUCAUGUUCCAUUGUACAUUCCGUUUGCCCCCCAAAUUUUGCAUAAACCACUAUUUCAAAUGCUCCUGGGAGUACUGCAUUUUCCCAAGAACAUUUGAAAACAAUAACUUAUAAUUAUGCAAAAUUUGGGGGGCAAACAGAGUGAAUUAUGGGGAAUUCGAAAAUAGUCAAUAUGCUCGCUUUCUCGAUAUCGUGGAGUUUUGAGUUGCCUGGACCCCUAAAAAACCUUUUGAUGCUAUUGCCUUCGUUAUUUUUAUUUAUCUUCCUGUCUCCCGAUUACAUUGACUGCACAUUUAUUGUACGUAUCUAACACGAAUGAAUGAAAGCGUGCCUCAAAAAAGCAAUAUUGUAAAGAUGAUGCUCAUGAAAAUCCAAUAAUUGCUUUUGAUAUUCACACAAGGAAAAAGAAACUUCAUUCGCACUAAAGAAUGUUGUUUGGCCUUAGUGACUGUUCUUUAUAAUGCAAAAAUCUUUAAUGACACGUUCUAUCCUUCGGAUAGACCGUCUGAAGAUCGUCUCCAGGACAAAAGUCGAGUAAAAAAACUAAUAAACCAAAAAUUUGUUUGAGAAUGUAAAUUUAGCCUUCGACAAAAAUUGCUUUUUGGUCUGAUUCGGUUGAUUGGUUCGACGCAUCCUAAGUUCGACGUCUAACCCAACAGAUGAUCUUAGCUUAAUUUAGGUCGACCCAAAUUGGAGUUUGGUUCGUCUCGUGAAAAGUUCGACGUUUGGCCUAGGCCUAUUCGCCAUUUAAUAAAAACUUUUAUCCCGGUAUAAUGAAGAGCAAAACAAACUUUUAGUUUUGAUCAUUUCAACAGUGCUUCUUCCGGUGAAUACGUUCAUUUUAACGAGUGGAGCCACUACUGCUCAACAAUGGAACCAGGGGAAUUGAAGGUGUAUAUAAAUGGAACAUUGGCGGGUAAAUUCCAACUGCAAGGUGAUUUGCUUCUCUUGUGAAAAAGUCUUUACUUUAAACAAUCGACAUAUUUUUAUGAUAAUGCAGAAGGAGGAUGAUAAUGAUAAUCAUAAAGAUAAUCAUGAUAAUCAUAACUAUAACAAAAUUGUCAAAUCUGAUUGGCUCUCAACUGCCCUGAUUUCAGCCUUAAUUGGACAGUUUAAUAGGACAGUACGCGUCAUGCCUAAGUAAUUGGACAGUACGCGCCAUCACGCGCGCGCUUAAAUGGCUUUUUUUUUUCACUGCUAGCAAAACAGGAUUUCGAAUUUCUUGUGUUUUGGUUUAAAAAUAGCCUAUUGUAUCACAAAUUUUGUUAAAGUUAUGAUUAAUUGGUAACAGAACUACGCGGUCGUCCGAUUUUGUUAAUCACUCGUAUGAUUACAGACCGAAUUGGACUCCACUCAGUCCUGUUACCAUUACUAAUUUUGAAGGAUGCAUUAUCAAAUUAUCAGUCCCAAGUGAUUGUAAAUGCUUUUACGCUUGAUCAUUAUUAAUAAUCGUUGUGAGAUCGAAAAUCCACUCAUGCAAAGUCUACCUUUACUGCUUUGCUAUUGGUAGAGACAUAUAAGAAAAAGUGUCAGUUGCUGUUGUUGUUUACACAGGUGCAAUAGGUGUCGAGGGCAAUUUGGUAUAUGGGCAAUGUUACGAACAUUUUCUGGAUUCAAAGUGGGGCAGCUUCAUCGGAGAAAUGGCAGGCAUCAAUGUUUGGGAUCGCGUGCUGAGUGAACAAGAGAUCUCCGAACUAUCCAAGUCAUGUUCUGCCGGGACGGGCAACAUUGUUAGCAUGGUUGAUUUGCAGGUGAUGGGAGGAGUGCAAAUGCAGAAAAUCCCUGUGUUUUGUUAAACUGUGUAAACUGGCCAUCAUUUUGUCAAUGAUUACUAUAGCGGCAAUUUAGCAAUCAUAAAAAGCAAUUUACUGUAGAAAAUAGUGACUUGGCGUAGUGCUUUUUAACUUGAUUAGCAACAAGCUAACCGUAUGAAGCUCCGUUCAAGAACCUACAUUAAAUUAUUGGACAAAAGGCUUUAUAGUAAAACUGUCUCGCUACACCUCACGAAACAAGGAAAAUCGGAUGGCACGAAACAUUGCAAGAUUGCUGUAUAACUAAAUACAAAAUGGCUCUAUUGAAAAAAUAAAUGACGUUUCUUUGGCAUUAUUUUUAUCAACUUUUUAGCCAAUGUUACUUUCCAGGUAGCCUGCAAACGCAGACGUAUUUCUCUGCUUAAAUCUAAACAAUGUUAAAUUCACUCAAAAUGCAGGUGCGCUGCAACUAACUAUAAAAAUUGCCGCGAAUCUCAUGCAUGAUCUUUGAGGCUUUUAUUGGACUAUCUGAAAUAUCUUCUUCGCAUGCAAAGAAACAUCAUUCGUGAUUCUUAAUGGACAAUCCAAUCAAGACGUUCGAUUUCGUCUCAUACAACCCUUAAGCUUGUUUUCUUGGUUUUUGGUUCAAUGUAGCAAAGGUCUUGGUGCAUUUCAUACGAAUAAACUCAAUAUUGUUGGGGAUGUAAUGAAAAUUCAGGUUUUAAAGACUUGGAUGUAAAUCGUGGUUCGUCGGUUCGUGUUGUUACUGGUUGCAAGCAAUCAGAAUAAAGAAG